CGCAGUGAGGAAUGUGGCUCCAGCUUCACAAGUCGAGACCUGCGCGAAGGCAGGCAGGUGGGCGAACCUCCAGGUGAGAAGGAACUCCCCAGCUAGAAGAUCCGUUCCAGCAUCCGACCAUGACGGUCGUCUCAGGCUGGGUCCUCCUGUUGAGCAUGUGUCACAUCGCGGCGAGCCAGAUGCCAGGGGGAAGAGGAGGAGACGUUUCGCUGCAGAUGCUUUCGGAGAUGAGAGAAACAAACCAGGUGCUAAGAGAAAUCACAGAGCUCCUAAAACAGCAGAUCAAGGAACUCACCUUCUUGAAGAACACUGUGAUGGAGUGUGACGCAUGUGGAAUGAACACGGGAGCAAUCGGCCCUGGGAUAAGCGUGACAGCAUUUAACAGGUGUUACCCGAAUCCUUGCUUCCCCGGGGUCACCUGCACCGACACCCCCACCGGCUUCCGCUGCGGAUCCUGCCCCCUGGGCUACACGGGCAACGGGACCCACUGCACGGAUAUUGAUGAGUGCACUGCCAAUCCCUGCUUCCCAAGAGUCCAGUGCAUCAAUACAGCUCCUGGUUUCCGCUGUGAGCCCUGCCCUGCAGGUUAUACUGGGCCAGUGCUUGAAGGAAUUGGUUUAGCAUACGCCAGAGCCAACAAACAGGUCUGCAACGACAUCAAUGAAUGCGAGAUGGGGCUCGCCAGAUCUUGUGUCCCCAACUCCAUCUGCAUCAAUACACGGGGUUCCUAUAAGUGUGGGUCUUGCAAAGCUGGGUUCACAGGGGACCAGACUGUGGGCUGCCGUAGCAAGACCGAGAGAAGAUGCCCCAAUGGAGAGCUGAGUCCGUGCCACGAGAAAGCCGAUUGCGUCAUCGAGCGUGACGGGACGCUUGGCUGCAGGUGCAUUGUUGGAUGGGCUGGCAACGGCUAUAUUUGCGGGAGAGACACGGACAUCGAUGGAUUUCCUGAUGAGAAGCUACGUUGCAGCGAUAAAAAAUGCCGCAAGGACAACUGCGUGACUGUCCCAAACUCUGGCCAAGAGGAUGCAGACAGAGACGGCAUCGGAGACGCUUGCGAUGAUGACGCCGAUGGAGACGGGAUACUGAAUACCGAGGACAACUGCAUAUUCGUGCGCAACACAGACCAGCGGAACACAGACCAGGACAAUUACGGGGAUGUUUGCGACAACUGCCGUAACGUGAAGAACAACGACCAGCGGGACAGCGAUGGAGACGGCCGGGGAGAUCUGUGUGAUGACGACAUGGAUGGAGAUAAUAUUAAAAACAUUAUGGACAACUGUGUGACGAUUCCCAAUCCAGACCAGAGGGAUACUGAUGGGGACGGCGUGGGAGACGUCUGCGAUAGCUGCCCCUCGAUCCAUAAUCCAGACCAGAAAGAUACCGACCACGAUCUUGUUGGAGACCCCUGUGACACCAAUCAGGAUCGCGAUGGGGACGGUCACCAGGACUCCAGGGACAACUGCCCCUCAGUCCCCAACAGCUCCCAACUGGACACCGACCGGGAUGGAAUCGGCGAUGAGUGUGACGACGACGACGACAAUGACGGCAUCCCGGACCACAGGCCUCCGGGCCCUGACAAUUGCCGCCUCGUCCCUAAUCCCGGACAGGAAGAUGCAAACAGAGACGGUAUCGGGAACGCCUGCGAGGAUGACUUUGAUAAGGACUUGGUGGUCGACCGGAUUGACGUCUGCCCCGAGAACGCGGAAGUGACGUUGACUGACUUCCGGGCCUACCAGACAGUGGUGCUGGACCCCGAGGGGGAUGCCCAAAUCGACCCUAACUGGAUCGUCCUCAACCAGGGUAUGGAAAUUGUCCAGACCAUGAACAGCGAUCCAGGCCUGGCUGUGGGCUACACUGCGUUCAACGGGGUGGACUUUGAGGGCACCUUCCACGUGAACACGGCCACCGAUGAUGACUACGCCGGCUUCAUCUUUGGCUACCAGGACAGCUCCAGCUUCUACGUGGUGAUGUGGAAGCAGAUGGAACAGACCUACUGGCAGGCCAACCCCUUCCGAGCAGUGGCCGAACCUGGCAUCCAGCUCAAGGCAGUGAAGUCGAAAACAGGGCCAGGAGAAUACCUGCGCAAUUCGCUCUGGCACACGGGAGACACAGCCGAGCAAGUCAAGCUGUUGUGGAAAGACCCCCGCAACGUUGGCUGGAAAGACAAAACCUCCUACCGCUGGUUCCUGCAGCAUCGGCCCCAGGUGGGCUACAUCCGAACUCGUUUCUACGAGGGCUCUGAGAUGGUUGCUGAUACCGGCGUUGUCCUCGACACAACCAUGCGAGGGGGCCGCCUGGGGGUCUUUUGCUUCUCCCAGGAGAACAUCAUCUGGUCUAAUCUUCGAUAUCGCUGCAAUGACACAAUUCCUGAAGACUACGAGUUGUACCGAAACCGGCGGGACUACUAACGGCACUGCCCCUUCCCCGGAUUCGCCUGAGAGACUCUUGCUACCUGCGCUGCUUCCUGAGGGUAUAUUCGGACGAGAACUGUCCCACUCGAACUGUGCCUAGGCCAUGAGUUCCGCACAGAGACCUCUCUUGGAAGCCUUCUGGAACUUGCCGGGUUUGGACUUCAACCUGUUUGUUCCGUAGCAGGGAAGAACAUCUAACCUGCCUGCUCGGACAUCCUAGGGCACUCUGUGAGAACAGCUAGUGCUGCAAUCCCCACCCCCCAAUUUUUUAAAAUUAAAGCUCCAGCAGCCCGAAUUAGCCACCUACAUUAGAGGCUGGAAAAGCCACUGCUUGGGCCCGGCCUCUUUCCAGUCAGCCUGCAUGGACAAAAUUCUGCCCCAUGUCUACAUCGGGCGAGGCUUCCUGCUGAGCUUCUGCAUGAGUCCCUGCUCGAGGCUUCUGAUGAGGAGGCACACAAAGAAGCAUAGCUCAUGCAGAAACACAAAAGGCCUCUUGGUAAUACUUAAAACUGGGAAAAAGUCUUUUUGCAAAUAUGAGCAUACUGUGCCUACAGCCCUGUUGCCGCCCAAAAGAAAAUACUGUGGAUGCUGGGAGUUUGGGGAUUGCCAGGUUAAGCCAGCUUAUAUAAUGGACCACGCGUCUCACUCAACCUGCAGACUCACCUUUGCCAGUUUCUAGCCUUGCCCCUUGAAUCAUCAAGCCCCGUGGUCGUUCAAGAUGAAACAUUAACUUCCUUGACAGCUGGUAAGGAGACAAACGCAUGCAGCAUUUUCAGGAAAUAAAAGUCUGGUUAUUAGAAGUACUUUGUUUACCAAAGGGACUUUGGAUGUUAACAUCUGCUGCUGUCUGGAAGGAAAGCUCUGUAGUCCAACAGAGAUCCGAUGAGUAAAACAGCCCCAAAGAAGAUCUCUAAAUUUAAAGGAGGCCCGCCGCCCACCCAAGAUUUAUUCAGAAAAGCAGAGCUGAGCGGCCAGAGAGAAAAACAGUUGAACUUUAUUACAUUUUUCAUUUACAAAUAACGCAAAGUUACAAAGACCAAAAGCUUUCACAGAAAAAAUAAAGGAAACAAACAAACAAAAAUAAAGAGAUUGAAAAAGAA